AUGGGAGGGGGACAGCUUUGUCCCGUAGAUCAUUUUAUCCCAAAUGAGGGGGAUAAAUCUGACCCAUCCGGAGACUGGGUCACUUUUGUCCCACCGAGCUCUCUUCGAAGCAUCUCUGGCCACCCCCUUCGAAGCAUCGUCGAUCUCGCAUCACCAUCCCCUUCGAAGCAUCUGGCCGUGUAUCCUUUCUGCAGAAGUGCAACAGAUUGUGCAAUUAUUCUGGAUGCUAUUAGGGGAAAAGAUCCAGAUGAUCUUUCAUCAAAAGACAUUUCCCUUGAUGAUCCAUUCUCGAUUGACAUUACAAAACUUAGUGUUGGUUAUCUUGAUGAUGCUGAUAUGGAGGUUGUACAUGUUCUUGCAUCAAAAGGUGUUAAGAUGGUCCCUUUCGAGCUGAAGUAUGCGGUUGACUCUGUUCAAGGCAUUGUGAACUUUACUAUGGACGUUGAUAUGUUGGCUCAUUUUGAUGAGUGGCAGCGGUUGGGACAGGAUGAUGAUUAUGAAAGCCAAGAUCAAUGGCCUACUGAACUGCGACGUGCCCGUGUAUUCCCAGCAGUAGACUAUGUGCAGGCACAGCGAUCUCGAGGAAAGUUGAUUCAAGAGGUUAGAGAGAGUUUUACUGUCGAUGCAUUGAUUGGCAGUGCAACUGAUUGGGAAAGAGUUUGCAUGGGAAAUCUUGUUGGCUUGCCUGUGAUUGUUGUACCAACAGCAUUUACCAACAUAUCUAAUCCACCUUCUACUGACUGUCUACGAAGAACUGCUGUCACCACUGGCAUUUAUGCUCCUCCUUACCAAGACAGCAUUGUUCUUGCAUUGGCAAUGGCUUACCAAUCAGUCACUGAUCACCAUAGGCAGCGACCACCUGUUGAUGAUCUUGGUCUGAAUGAUUCCAUCCCGAACCCGCCCACAGUUACCUACCCUCCAAGGCUGUUGCAUCUUUAAAGAAAUGUAUCUGCAUGCUCAACACUUCUUACAACAG